AGCAUGGCUAAGAAACUCUGUGGGACCAAUUACCCGGCCAGCAUCUGCUUCAUAGUGGUGAAUGAGUUCUGUGAACGCUUCUCCUACUAUGGCAUGAAAGCGGUGCUGACGCUCUAUUUCGUCUCCUACCUCCACUGGGACAAGGACCUGUCCACCGCCAUCUACCACGCCUUCUCCGGCCUCUGCUACUUCACACCCAUUCUGGGAGCUCUCAUCGCCGACUCCUGGCUUGGAAAGUUCAGGACCAUCGUCUACCUGUCCAUUGUCUACGUGAUCGGCCAUGUGGUCAAAUCUGUUGGAGCCAUUCCCACUAUAGGAGACAGCACCGUGCACAUCGCUCUCUCCAUGACAGGUCUGAUACUCAUUGCCUUUGGCACUGGAGGAAUCAAACCCUGUGUGGCAGCGUUCGGUGGAGACCAGUUUGACGAGGAGCACGUGAGCGAGAGGCAGAAGUUUUUCUCCAUUUUCUACAUGUCGAUCAAUGCUGGCAGCCUCCUGUCGACCUUGAUUACACCCAUACUGAGAGGCGAUGUGAAGUGUUUUGAUGGUGACUGCUAUGCUCUGGCCUUUGGGGUCCCUGCAAUACUUAUGGCCAUAGCUUUAGUGGUGUUCAUUGGUGGCAGUGGGCUGUACAAGAGGAAUCCUCCCCAGGGAAACAUCCUGUUGCAAGUCUGCAACUGCAUUGGAUUUGCCAUUAAAAACCGCUGGAAGAACUCGAAGCAGGAGCCUCAGAGGAAGCACUGGUUGGACUGGGCUGACGAGAAAUACUCGAAGCGUCUGAUCCAGGAAAUUAAGAUGGUUCUGCGAGUCCUAGUGCUUUACAUCCCACUGCCGAUGUUCUGGGCUCUGUUCGAUCAGCAGGGUUCACGCUGGACACUUCAGGCCACGAGGAUGAACUUGGCUUUUGGGAAUACAUUCACUAUUAAGCCUGACCAAAUGCAGAUGCUGAAUCCUCUGCUCAUUCUUGUCUUUGUGCCCAUCUUUGACUUCAUUGUAUACCCACUCAUUGGCCUCUGCAGAAUCAACAUGAAGCCCCUAAGGAAAAUGGCCACAGGGAUGGUUUUUGCAGCACUGGCCUUUGGAGCAGCCACACUGGUGGAGGUGAACGUUGUGAAAACAGUGGUGGAUCCCCCACCUGCAGGGAAAUGUCUCCUGCAGGUUUUCAACCUGGCAGAAGGUGACGUCAGCAUGAAGACUCCCGACCUGUUUCCUGAGCCAAUCCACUACCUUCAGGACCCUCCUGAAUACAAGACACUUCCCCUGGAGAACUCCAGCAUGGAGCUGAAGAUUGAAGUUCUGUUCAAAGGAAACACCUCCCAGUGUAACCAGAUGUUUGAACAACAAAAGGCUUACAGUCUCUUCUUAUACUCCAGCACUAGUGGGAUCCAGUGCAAACUUGUGGAAGACUUCAUAAAGAAAAAUGAAAAUGGAGAUCCACUUCUGAGAUUUGUUAACACAGACGUGGAGGCAGUAAACCUUACUGUUGGAAGAGAGACUUUCCAAGUGGACUCCAAUUAUAGCAUUUCUUUUACCAGUACAUCUGUACAAUAAAAAUACCCAGAUGUUGCCUGCUGCUCACAGCUGGAUAAGUGCUCUACACUUGACCUGGGCCUGCUGGACUUUGGAGCUUCCUACACUGUCAUACUAACUGAGAAAGCGGGUCAAACUGUGGCUCACAAGAUGGAGGAUGUGAAAGCCAACAACGUGCACAUUGCCUGGCAGGUCCCCCAGUACGUGCUCAUAACUGCUGGAGAGGUCAUGUUCUCCAUUACAGGCUUGGAGUUCUCCUACUCACAGGCCCCAGCCAAUAUGAAGUCAGUGCUGCAGGCCGGCUGGCUGCUCACUGUCGCAUUUGGGAAUGUGAUAGUGCUGAUUGUGGCAGAGGGGGCGGGACUGGAGCAGUGGAAAGAGUUCUUGCUGUUUGCCGGCCUGCUGUUGGGCGUCUUCAUCAUCUUCUCUAUCAUGGCCUACUUCUACACUUAUGUUGACCCUGAUCAGCUGGACAAGCUCUAUCUGGAGGAAUCAGUCAGGGAGGAAGAUGAUGAUAAGAUGAAGAAAAAAACGAAUGACAUAUACAUGAAUGAAAAAAGGAAGAACACCAGAAUGUAACCGUACACAUGUCGUCGUCUUUGCUGUAGCUGAUUCGAUCUGGCUACACAAGGUGAAGUAUUGGACAGUCAGCGAUUCGACUAUAUAUUCUUUUGUUUGUUAUAGUAAAAAUGAAGCACUAAGAUGUGAUGUCUGGACUUUUCUUGAGGGUUAGAAGUCCAUUGGUUUGUGCCAUCACAUAAUAUCUGAAGCCUUUGACACUCCAGUCACAUACAAAAAGCACAGGAAUUAAUUUUCUGAUUGAGAUUGAACGCUUAAAAUAAUGCGUCAAAGAUGCAAAAUGUGAUUUUUUUUUUCCCUCCACGAUCAACAGUGCUAUUAAUAUGCUGUGCAUAUCUGUUGCAUAUUAACAGUCAAUAUAUUUUUUUAUGAUGCCAAAUAAUAAUCAGAACUGUCUUUGACAGAACAAGUUGGAAAAAUGUUUCUGUUGUGUGCCUUCAACGAUACUAGGACAGCAGUUGCUGGUGGUUUUUCAUGUUUCCACAGCAUGUUUCUCUUACGAGUUUCUCUAAAAUGCACUUGUAUGUUAAUGUUAAAUGCAUCACAGUGAAAAAUUGUAGCCUAAUUUUUGGGAGUGACAGCUGCAAGUGGAGAUUGUUAUGAAAAGUCCACUUGCUGCUGGUAGCAACCUUUCCAUACAAGAAUGAGCCAAAUUCUUAUUUGUUUCUCAGAAUGCUGUUAUUGUCUGACUUCUGAUCCAGUUUCCUGAAAACAAAGCUAGUUCCUUCGAAACGUUUGACAUGAUAGCGCUGCUGAUCACAUGGACCAGUUCCUACUUGGAGCUGAACAACAUACAGUUCGCUGUGAGGGAUCAACUUUCACAGUCCCUGCAAAAUCAGGCAGGUAGGAAAUAAAAAAGUAUAGUACUUUAUACUUUUUCACAGAUGAUAUUUUGAGACAUCACAGUAGGAAUAGCACAUGUGUAAAUAAUAAUUCAUGAAAGCUCAGUCAUGUUUCACUGCUCCAGUUUCAAGGUCCUUGUAUUGUUCCUUCCUGGCUCACCAGGUAAAUCCCAGUUCCCUUAAUUGCAUCCACAUUUCCCUCACUUGGAUCUUUUCAUUGUUUCUUAAUCCCACCCAUGUAAGAUACAAGGAAAAAAUGUGACAGUGGAAUCAAGGAAAUGUGUUCACAGAGACGUCCUUCAUCUGAAGCAUCCAGUCAUUAAGUUAUUCCUGAUCAAGAGGCGUGUCAGUCUAUAAAUGACUUUGGCAUGUUGCAGUGGAUGUUCUCUUGUAUCCUUACUCAGCAUUUCCUUCAAGAUGGUGAGCAAGGAUCGAGGAAAGAUAAAGUACAGGAACUGGGAUUGACCCGUGUCAUGACUGUUAACGUUAUUAGUAAACCUGUGCUUUUCUUACUGUGACAAGAUGUUUCCUGUGGAAAAAGCUCUAUUGAAGUAUUUUAUUGUUGUUCAUGUCCUAGAACAAGCCAAACCUACUGUACGGUCCUUUAAUGUCAAACAAUACUUGAUGAAAACUUUGUAUUCAGGGAAAAGUGUAGAUUAUGUUGGUUCCUAUUACAAUCUGUAAAGGGACAGUUGUGAUGCUAAAAUGUUUUUGUGCUGCUGGAAAUUUAAAUGAUUAAAAUGUGCAUUAU